AUGGCACCGGACAGAACACACGCUAAAUUCACCGGCGCUCCUGACUACGACAAUGCCGAAUUCUGGGAUGUUCGAUUUGCCACCGGCCAGGAUGUGGGUGAAUGGUUGAAUUCUGGCGAAGUGCUCCUGGAAGCUGUCCUCCAUGAGCUGGAGCGCCGCCCAGCGGUGGUCGCGCGCAACCCCCCUCGCGUGUUACAUCUGGGUCCGGGUAUUUCCCAACUGGGAGGGAGGUUGCGCGACGCUUGUGUCAACCGACAAUGGCUGGGUAAUGGGAUCGUGAACGUCGACUUCUCCGCCGAGGCCGUCCGCCUGGGCCAGGAAUUUGAAAGUCAGAGAAAUCCCAAUCACGCGAUGCCGUGGCUACGCAUUGACUUGCGUUCGUGGCAUGACGUUUCUGCCCUCUACCGCUUUGCACCCUUUGAUGUGAUUCUGGACAAAAGUACUAGCGACGCCAUUGCCACCGCUGGCGACCAAAUCUUUUCCUUUACCGAUGACCUCUCUAGCACCAGCCCCACUGUUCGUGAAAUUUUGUCGAAAGCCACGACGGCUACUUUGCCUCCGGUAGAACUGUUGGCCUUACAACUCGUUCCAUUAACCCGCAAGGGAACCACAUGGAUUGCUUUAUCGUACUCGGCUACCCGAUUCGAUAAUUUGCCCUACCUGAUGGAAUACUGGACACUAUGCUCCCGCACCCCAUUGAAGGCCCCUCCCGGUCCCGUCGCUUCUACAACUCAUACCCCGGACGUGUUCCACUGGAUAUACGUCAUGAAGCGAAAAUAA